GAUCGUUGACCGGAAGAAUCCAGGCUGUGGAGACUUCAAGAUCCUCAAAGGAUACAGGUCCAACAUAACUAGUCUGUCGCCCUUUUUUUUUUCACCAAGUCGCUAAGACGAAAAGAGUGAAGGAAUUCCUGAAUAUUUUGUGCUAGGGAAUCAGAUCAGAGAACUCCGGAGGCUAGGGGAUCUGACCCGGAAGCGGAAGUUUUCUGCAGGCGGAGUGUUGGAGAACGGAGGCAGCGGUGGUGGUAGCAGCAGCAGCAGUAGCAGCAGCAGCGGUACAUCCACCAGAGGCUUGGAUACAGGAGCAAGAUGCUGAUCAAAGUGAAGACGCUGACAGGGAAGGAAAUUGAGAUCGACAUUGAACCUACAGACAAGGUGGAACGGAUCAAAGAGCGGGUGGAAGAGAAAGAAGGAAUUCCUCCACAGCAGCAACGACUCAUCUACAGUGGCAAACAGAUGAACGACGAGAAAACAGCUGCUGAUUAUAAGAUCCAAGGGGGCUCAGUUCUCCAUUUGGUGUUGGCUCUUCGUGGGGGAGGUGGCCUUGGGCGGUGAUGGACCUCCUUCUACUUCAUCCCCUCACCCCAUCACUCAUAAUGAUGCGCCAUGUACCCUUCCACUUCCUGGGACAACAGAACCACCACAUCCUCCCCAGGACAGAUACCUCAUUGUUUCUGUCUGUUGCUGGGAGGUCUGUGAGGACCCCAGAGUCCAGCCCUCUGGGUCUGCAGGGCCCUUGGCUAGCUGUUGGUUUUAGUUUGUGGUCUCGCCUGCCCCUUCCCUCGUGGCUGUGUCCUGGUUGUUAAUAAAGACAUUUCCCAGCCUUCUGGAA